UGGCUUCGGGGCUGCGGUGAGGCUCUCCUAGCGUCCACCAACCUCGGAUGCACGGGACGUGCGCGCCGAAGAGCAUGUGGAAUGACGUCUUUGAACCCUGCGUGAACAUCGCCUUCGCGGGGAAAUCGUCGCGGAAACGCGUCUUGCGUGGUGAUGUUUCGUGGGAUGCGUCUAGGGCUACGAAAAUCUGGUUCUCUCAUUGCUCUCUUAUGACUUCUUGAGGCCCGAGCUGUCUAUAAAUGUGAUCUCGAACCACGAGAUGAAGACUACAACAGCAGCAUUUGAAGCACUCGCAGCCUCGCCUUCACAUAGAACAUACCAAGAGCACCCUUCGCAGCAGCAAUCGACCAUAUAAGAAUUGCCCCAGCUUACAGCAUGAAGUUCUCAGCCAUCUCUCUGGCCGCUAUGUCUCUGUUUGCGGGUGCGCUGGCCGUACCUGCCGUGCAGAAACGUGAUGGUCCUGGGCCUUCUGGCCAACUGCAGUUGCCGCAAGGCAACGCGCAUCAUCUCAUCUUCCUUUCCGUAAGAUUUGGCCUCGGACACGUUGUCUACCAGGGAGUUGACCAAGACUACCACAACUCUCAGGGUGUCACCCACGUGAAGACGCACCACAUCGACGUCUCCCUGCAGCUCGCAGCCGACAGCAACUACUUUAUCCCUAUCGCCAAAGGCCUAGCUCCCAACUCCAAUAACAUCAUCGACGUCCAAUUCCAGGUCCCCAUCGGGUACGGUGGCCCGACGGGCGAGUGCUACCUCGUCAUCGAAGAGACCCAACUCGGUACCACCCCCGGCCAGCCUAUCGCCAUCACCUUCCGCUCCGCAGCACCGUUGAUCAACGUUGUCGCUGGACCCACCCCUUCUCAGAGCCAGAACGCGAAGCGUGACGCGCCCGGCCCUUCGGGCACUCUCCAGCUGCCGCAGGGUAACGCUGUCUGGGACAACACCGUCGGGCUCGGCCACGUGGUGUACCAAGGCGUCGAUCAGCCGUACACCAACUCCCAGGCUCGAGGCUGA